UUGAGAUGUGUGCCAAGCGUAGCCGCGAUUAUGUUACGGUAGAGGAAGCAAGGGAGGCGGUGAAGACCAUCCUCGACAUGAAUGAAGACGAUAUCUUCAUCAAAGGCAAGUCCACUCUCCUGCCAUAUCCAGGCAUAGGAGACCCGGUUAGCAGGCCUCCGGUGGCGCUCAACUACGUGGGUCGAGGGAAUACGCUGUUUGAGCUCCUGGGCGUCUGGAUUUCUGGUCGUGAGGUUUUGAUUCUCGGUCCCAAAGGCAUUGGGAAGUCAUCCGACUUUCGAGCCAUGGCGUGUGUUCUCUACAAGUGGCUCAACACUCCCGACGACGAGGAGAAUCGAGAGAAGCGCAUGCAUCUCCAGUUGCGUGAGGGUGUGAAGUACCGGCCAGUUUUUCUGUGGGCAGAGACGUUCCUGAUCGAUCAUGUAGAGGCAACCAAGAACGCGCUUCUCUUCUCAUAUCUUGUGGACGAGAUCAGGCAAGUCGACGGCUGGCAAGAGACUGAAGCUGCCAUCGCGAGCAUCGUGUCGAUGGAGGAGGCGCUUGGGUUUAUCAAGGAGCGCAAGAAGAACAAAGCAGAAGUGUUUUACUUCUUUAUAGAUGGAGGCGAGGCACUUGAUCCAAGUGAUUUCCUUGGGACGCCAGUGUAUGACCACGAUGCAAAGUCGGCAGCGAAGAAGGAUCUGCGCGUCCUUUUGAGCGCGGGUACAAGAAUUUGUUGGUGCACUAGUCCGAAAGCAGGUAUUUUAAGCAGGAAGAAUCAAUUGCCAUCGUUCACUUAUAAACGCCAGAAAGCUGUCUUUGACGAGCAAGAGUACUCAACCUUCGCUGGGAAUUGCUUGCUUGGUAAACUUCCAGCCCGUCGCUCCAGCAUCGAACUUUACACUGGAUUCGUCCCGCUUUUCCUUGAUGUUAUGGCCACCUGCUGCGAGACUGUUCUUGGAGACUUGGUGGUCCCUGAAACAAACACAUUUCCAGGCGUGCCGGCGUGGUUGUACUUUGGUCGAACGCUGGCUUCGAAAGCAACCGAUGAAGUGAUAGCUAUGUUGAACGACGAGGACGAGUAUUGGGAUUGCGUUCUGCGGGCCUUUACUCAACACAGUGAGAUUGAUGAAGUGCGGAAAAAGGCCAGUAAGAUACAAGUACAAGGUGCGUGCAGAACAGAUGCAAAUAUGGCACGUCUGGAUCCGACUUACGUUCUCGACGCCAGCACGGGGGAGUACUGCUCCAGCUUUAUCAAGAGGAUCUACUUGAAUGCGGUACGUGAGAAGGAAGAAGCAGUGAAACCUUACGCUGAUGGGGCGUGGAUGGCUUAUGCUAGCAGGCUUUUGCAAGAUAAGGGCCGCAUCAACUGGUCGACUGUUGGCCAGCUCUGUGAAGAUGUUCUGGCUGCAGUAGUUGCGAGGAAGGGAUUGCGUCUCGGCAGUGAUAUACAUGCUGCUUGCGGAACCAUCACGGUGCAAGAGUUUGACAAAAUUCCAUCGAGGAGCAUCGAAAGCAUCAAGAAGAUGGCCGUCAACACAGGCUACUACUUCAAACCCAGAGAUUUAAGCUUUCCAGACGUAGAUGCUGUGAUCGUCUGGGUGGAUGAAACGGGAGCAGUGAAUAUCAUUGCGCUGCAGUACACUGUCAACGUAGAUGAGCAUCGGAAGUCUGCCAACCAGUUCAUGAGCUUGUCCUCUCUGCGGCUCUGGUUUCCUGACAUAGAGAAGCAUCUGGGGAACAUCAAUCUUCACUUCGCAUUUGUGGGGUGUAGCUCCCAGCCUGGAUAUAGCCGCAGUGUCCAGCUCGCCAGUAUUAAGCAGCUCAAAAAUGGCACUGUUUGGGGGACUCCAGAGUACGUGUUACAUGUGCAACCCUUUGAUGACAAAGCAAUUCCAGGCUUGGCUGCAGAGGACUACGGCGUACUAGUUGAGAUCACAAGCAGCCGGACAUGGAACACCAGCUACUCGGAAGUGCAGGGUGAUGGUGUUGGACUUCUAGCUCUGACACGAAAGGAAUUGGACAAGAUGGCGAAGCAGGACUACGGGCUCAACCCCAAGGAUUACAAGAACAAGGCAUUGUUAAUAAAUGCAAUGUUGGCUGCUGGUGGAAGCCCAGCAAGUUCUUGAACUAAUGCUUGAAUUGGUGAUUCUUCCAAGGUUAA